GCUGUGUGAGAUACAACCGGAUGUUGACAGGCUGUUGCGUUGGUGCUGUGAGUUUUGCAGCUAUCACGUUUCCUGCUGUCUCCACGUCUAGAACUUUCCCGUCAUUCUAGAAACACACUCCCUCUCUGCAGCAAACUCAUGGCAGCCGAACGCAGCUUCCCUGAUAGCUUCAUUGACGAAGAUCCACAGAAAGCUCUAGAGGCACUUAAUGAGGUCUUGCAAGGAGAUGCUGAUAAUGCCGAGUGGUUCUGUCAACGUGCCUAUGCCCACAUACUUCUCAAAAACUACAGCUGUGCUGUUGAUGAUGCCAAGAAAGCACAACAGCUAAAACCCAGCCUCUCUCAAGCAUUCAUGCGAACAGGGAUAGCAGAGUACCACCUAAAACACUAUGAGUCAGCGCAGGAAGCCUUCACUCAGGGACAUGAACUGGAUGUUUCUGACAAGUCAUUUGAGGUCUGGAUCAAGAGGUGCCAAGAGAUGAUGGAGGAUCAGACUAAAUGCAGCAGCGUCAACUUGCAGACACCAGCAGCUCCACCUGUGAAGCAUGACUGGUACCAAACAGACUCUCAAGUCAUUGUCACAGUUAUGACAAAAAAUGUUCCCAAGGACGGUGUGUGUGUCAGCUUCAUGGAAAAAGAGCUUUCUGCAAAGAUCAAGCUGGAAACGGGUGACAGCUACAACUUCGACCUCCACCUCCUGCACCCCAUUGUCCCCCAACAAAGCAACUUCAAGAUCCUCACCACCAAGGUGGAAAUCAAGAUGAAGAAGAAAGAUGCCAUUAGAUGGGAGAAGCUGGAGGGAGAAGGACAGGAGUCCAACAUCAAACACUUCAACCCGAACCAGUACCCUACUUCAUCCCACUGCACCCACAAAUGGGACAAGAUGGUGUUGGACUUAAACGAGGAGGAGAAGAACGAGAACAUGGAGGGAGACGCAGCGCUCAACAAGCUCUUCCAACAGAUCUACUCGGACGGCUCAGACGAGGUCAAACGAGCCAUGAACAAAUCCUUUAUGGAGUCGGGUGGUACGGUCCUGAGCACCAACUGGAGAGAUGUGGGCAAGAGAAAGGUGGAUGUGAAGCCACCAGAUGAUGUAGAGUACAAGAAAUACUGAGCACCACCACCUCCCAGCCUCCUACCACACUCCUCCUCUGUCCUUUCUCUUUCCCCCAUCUCUGUUAAACAUCAUCUCUCACCACAUUUUGUCCAUCUGAGCUCCGUUGGGAGUCCUUGGUUGCCCUGCAGUUUGCGUGACAGCCCACUUCCAUGUCUCUUUCCUCUUUGUGUUGUUGCUCUGGUGUUUUCACAGUGCAGGAAGUCCACUGUGUUCCCACGAUCAACCAACCAACCACACAUGGUCUACUCUUCACAAAAGCUUCUCACCAGAUGGAGUCAGAAUAAUCUGUUGUACAGACUGAUUUACAGUGUGUGACUUUUAAAGGCCAGUGGACUCAAAAGGGAAGUAAAUGUGACAGACAAGAAAUUCAGCACAUCGGCCUUUGAUUUUUCUUUUUUUCUUCUUUUUUUAAACAUAAUUCUUUUCUCUCCUGUCUGAAAACAACCACGGCCUUUCUGUUAGGACACUUUUUAUGAUGUGCAGUUGUGUAAAGUUGUAAAUUUGCUGAAAAAAAAAAAAAAAUAAACAACUGAUAUGUUUAAAGAAGAA